AAUGGACGGCAGCAAAAUAGUCUGAAGUCUGAAAAUCCGAACCCCAGUUCUGUCCAGAAAGGAGCAUAUUUAGGUGGCAAUCAGAAAUACAAAGCUCACAGUAAACAAGAUGAUGAAUUUUGCAGCAUUUGGCAAUCAUUGCAAGGCUCUGGAAAGUCUCAGCCUUCCCAGCAAAAUAGACAUGAGAAGGGUGGAAUUGUGCCUCAGUAUAUAAAGUUAAAUGCAGGUGGCCAGUUUUGUAAACCAGGCUUCAAUGAGAGUAGCUUCAAAGGCCAGCAAAGAAAACAAGAGUCGUUUAAAAAGUCCAAAGAAGAUACAAAAGGUCCAAGAAAUGAAGAUCAAUCACAUAAAAUAAUAAAUAAACCAAAUUUUCCAGGUGCUAAUAAAUGUAAUGUGAAGCUUUUAAAGAGAAAUGAAGGUCCAAAUAUACCAGUAGAACAAAAGCCUGCUGUUGAUAGUGCCAAUAUAAAUGAGAAGGUACAAAAUGGGUCUGAACUCGAAAAUCUUUUGGCAUCUUUGAAAAUUUCCAAAGAAAAUGAAGUGCAAUCAACUUAUUCCAAGGAGUCAGUACAUGAAGAGCAUCUGUCUCCUCAGUCUUUUGCUAUGAAAGGAACCCAAAUGCUCAAAGAAAUUUUGAAGAUAGAUAGUUCUGACACAGCAGAAACUAAGCCAGUGAUUAAUGAAACUUCUACUUGUAAGCAGGAUUCUUAUGGACCUGCCUCACAACACAGACAUACAAAAAAGAUGGCUGCGUUCAUGAACAAAUCCCCAAUCUCAGGAGGGCCUCAGAACACACAAGCCAUGGAAGCUGGAGGCCACCCUCUUUUUGGACCACCAGGCUCAUUAUCUACACCAGUGUCUGAGCUUUCUCGUAUCUGUUCUCUUGUUGGAAUGUUGCAACCGGAGUUCUCAUUCCUCAGAACUGUACAGACAAUGACAGUUUGUCAGGUAAAGCUGUCAAAUGGUUUAUUAAUACAUGGACCUCAGUGUCAUUCUGAAAAAGAAGCCAAAGAGAAAGCUGCGCUUUUUGCUUUACAGCAGUUGAGCUCUAUUGGGAUGAACUUCCCUUUGCCUCCACCUCCAGUAUUUCCAAACUACCAACAGAUGGGAGCCCUUGUGCCACCUGGAUCCAUUCCUCCAGUCUUCACUCAGCAUGCUGCUAAUAUGUUUCCUUCACCACCUCACGCAUUUGGCCCAGUGCCAUGGGCAGCACCAGUACCUGUUCAUGGCAAAGCUUACUAUCCUGGCUCAUGUCCUAGCAAUAUGCCACUAGCAGGAACAGUUCCAGUUGGCACACACAACCAGUUUAUACCUUUGCAGGUAACUAAAAAAAGGGCUGCUAGCAAGAUGCAUUUUGAUUCUAAGGACUUCUCAGGUACAGUUCAAGAUGUGCAAUUAAAGAAUGAACAUCCAGUGUCUUCUGACACCACAAAACUGAAUCCACAGGAUGCUUCUUCAGACCCUUUAAGAUGUCCUCAAGCUGCUCAACCCAUAGUUUUUCAAGAGAAAAUGGCUUCUGCAAGUCCCAGUGCAUCUCAUAAAAAAUCAACACCAAAUGUUUCCAUCAAGCGAAAGCCGAGAAAAUUGGCUGUCAAUUUUGGGGUAUCCAAAUCUUCAGGAUAAGUGUGGAAGAUGGAUGGUUUUAUUUUUCUCUUUUCCUCAGUGCUAUAAAACCAGUAAAUACUAUAAGUUUUAGGCAUAAUUGUUUGAAGGGGAUUUUAAUUGUUUAUCUUUACUGUCAAUUACAGGUUUUUUUAAAGUAUGUUUGUCACAGAGCUUAAUUGGCAUGAUAAAAACCAGGAAACUCUGAAUUAAGAUCACUAUCCAUUGUGCCUAAGUCUCUAAAAAGUGGCUUUCAUGUACUAUCCCAGGAGAGGAGCAAUAAUAUUGGGGUGGCAGUCCUAACUCAGAAUUGCCUCCUUUUAACCAAGAGAUGAAAGGCUUAAGUUCAUAUUUAGCAUGCUUGUUUAUAUUUUGUCUCCUUUUUAAUGAUUAUGUCAUAACUUCUAAAAAGUAAUUUAUUUAAAUCCAGCCUGCAUAUUUUGUUUCUUUAUAUUGAGGUCCCUUGACCUGAUGCUGUUGGAAUAGAGUUUAACUAUUGUGGCGCUGCCAGGUUUGCUUUAUGUAGAUUCAUUGUAGGAGUUAAGCCAAAGCAGCAUAAGAGCCAAGUGCACUGCCUAGAAUUAUUGUAAUAGUAAAUCCAAACUAAAAUGACACCGUGAAUGAAUCCUUGACAGAGAAAAGCAGAGUAAAUGCUUCAGAGAUUAUUUAUAUAAUAGUAUAAAUGUGAAUGUUAAGAGGUACCCACAUCUUUUACAAGUUGUGAUGGCAAAGGUUGCCAGUUAACCAUCACAUGGUUUCCAACGCAGGCGGAGAAUGGUCCCGAAAAUAAAAAAUUAUUUCAAAGGCGCUAGUACUUUGUUCGGUAACAAUAUAUAUAUAUACACAUUGAAUCUGUUCUGUACAACCAUGACUCCUAAAAUAAUUUUUAUAAGUGAUCUUCUCUCUUAUUCAAAGUUAGUGUGUGUCUUUAAGCUAGUAGGUUUAAAUUUUACAAUUUUCUUAGGAAGAUGGCAUUCUAUGACUCAACCCCUGUUUUGGUUCUGCUGUGCUGUUUUCCUGUAAUAUAAUGUUUUACAUCACCAUCCAUGCUUUGUAUUCUGGAGAGGUAAAAUAUUAAGGUGAUGAUUUUACCAGCAAACUAAAUGCUUAAAGAAUCACAAUUUUAUUUUUUAGCCAGAGCAAUCAAGUAUUCUUCUUUGAUAUUGGCAGGUAGGCCCCCUCAUUCCAUAUAUCACAUCUUACUUUUUUCAAGCAAAGAUUAAUCUCCAUGUGGAGAAGAUCCCUAUGAGUGUGUCUUUAUCUUGGGAUAAUUUGUGUAGCGCAUAAGCAUCCCAAUGGGUGAAUACAAAGCAAAAAAGAUAUUAACACCAUUUCAUUGGAAGAUAAAAGGGAGGUUCUUUUUCAAAUAUGCAGAUUAAUUUUUAUAUCAUAAAAACUUCAAUCAUUCUUAGUUAAAACUAAGGUGCAUUGCAAUAGAGGAAUUGACCAUCCACCACUUAGUACAUAAUCCUUAGCCAAAGUAAUAAAUCCUUGAAUCCCACUGAUUUAAGUUAUAGCGCCAAAGUACGUUCUUAAUGCUGUCGUGGAAAUUAAUGGGAUGAAAAGGCAUGUAAGCUGGUUGGAUCCUUGUAGAGUGAUCAGCCCCCAGGUGGAUCCAGAUCUAUUCCAUCCUCAGCGGGAGGUGGGGGGGGGGGGGGGUUUCAAAAUGGCCAUUGUGGUGACAAAAACCAGGGAAAACCUGGAAGUAAUGUUAUGCCCCUAUAGCAGUAUCCAGAACAUAAUGGUAAACCCAUAGAGAGGAAUUAUUGAAAACUUUUCCAGCCGCUCUUAUUGAGUUGUGACAUGAUUUCCAGGUUUUCCCCAGAAGUGGCAUCUUACUGUCACCAAUGGCCACCCCCGUGCUCCCCCAGACUUCCACUGGUUGCCAGGCUACACCUGAUAAACCUAAGCCUAUUUCCAUUCACCAGCUCUAAACAAGUGGCAUAGUACAUUAAUUAGUGUAGUUUAAAUUCAUUUUCUCAAUUAGUCCUCCAGAUUUUUUUCAGGCAUCUAGACAACAUAAUCUCAUGAAGAAACUAUUUUGUUUACUCAUACAUUGUUUAGUAGUUUAUCAGUUUUCACUGGUUGGCAUGCCUAGGGACAUAAUUUUAAUCCAGGAGUAGAAAUUUGUUAUAUACUAAAUGUCCUAAAUUUAUUAUAGCCUCUUCUGUCAGCACGCUAGUAAUGGAGACACCUAAAGGAGAGAUUAUGAAAGGUAACUAUCUGAAAACCAGCAAAAUCAUCAUUUUAUCUGUUUUAUCAGCUGUUUUCACAUUAGGACCUCAAGUAUCCAUCUGGUUCCUUUCUAUACUCUGUUAUAUGUAUUUCACAGAUUAUUUUCUCUGUUCAUCUCAGAUUCAGUAUUAUUUUCCGUAUGUGCGGUGCUGAGUUUUUAGAUAUAUAGUCUAUAAUAAAUAAUUGACUUCUGGCAUUUCAUUCACAAUUUCAGCUGUUUUUUUUUUUAAAUAAAGGUAUAUUGCUCAUUUCUCUCAAAGUGUAUUUUGUAAAUGCUGGAAUUUUUCAUUAAAAUCUUGUACAGAGCAGUAUUUUAUUAAAAUCUGAAAGGGAAGACUUUUAUGUGCAAAUUUUAUAGUUUCUUUUUUAAAAAGAACUUUGUUUAUCUGCUAAAUGCAAUGUUUCAAAUUGGCAACUGAAUUAAUAUGGGAGUGUAUUUUUGUGUUUAGUGUUGUGCAUUUUCAGAAUUAUAGCAUGUAAUUAUGCAAAAUACUGUGCAAAGGUAUUUUAAAAUAUGAAUGUAAAAUAUAUACUGAAGGAAUAAAUAAUAUGAAUCAAGUAUUAUGUAUUAGUUUAACACAAUAAUUUUUGUAACUAACUUGGUUUGUCUGCUUAGAUAAAAAAAGAUGCAAACUAAAA